UCUCCCUCUCGCGCUCUCUCUCGCUGUCUCUCUCUCUCUCUCUCUCAUCCCCCCUCUCUCUCCAGCCUUUUGCCUUACUGAUGGACUCUCUGGCAGCCAAAGACCUGGCGUGUCUACUGGGGGGCUACUGCAAGCUCCUGGUGGACCCCAGAGUGUGUGUGUUCCGUCUGGGACGCCCCAAGGUCCGGGUGCACAGGAUACCUGCUGAGGAAGGUGUGUGUGAAGGGAAGUUCGCCGUUAUAGAGGGAGUUUGCUAUGAAUCGCUGACAAGCUAUGUGUCCCGCUGCUGUAGUGACUCCGAUGACUCUUCAGAUGGGGACUACCCCGCCGAGCCUCCGCCAACGCACACCCGUAAACGCCACGCACCCGCCAGCAAAGACAGGGAGGGGUGGAGGAGAGGAAAGGAGGAGCAGAGAGGAGCGGAGGGAAAGAAAGAAAGAGCUGAAAAAGAAGACAAAGAUAAACAUGAGGUGAAGAUCAUUGUGACGUCAGAGAAGGACAUGGAAGUUGAGGAAGAGGACGGAAGAGAAGAUGGAGGAAGAGAGAUACAUCUAGGAGGUAACGCCAAUAAAGGAAGAGUGGAACAGGACAUGGUUCUGGACACUAACUGGUACCACACAGACGCGCGGGUCAACAGUAGCUUCUCCAGCCUGUCUAGUGGCUCUUUGAGUGCUGCCCUGGAGGAAAGCGGUGCCACAGCUGCAGCCAGGGGAGAGGACCCAGCCAAGGCCUCCUCUCGUGUGGACGCCUUGCGUGAGGACAGCCCCUCUCGCCGGUCCAAACAGCCGACUCGGGGGACCACCACCCUGGAUGUCCACCAUCCGUUCCUCCUGGAGGUCACAGCUCCCUCUCCACAGCGCCAGAGAGAGGGCGCCCCCGGCAGCACGGCCUCCGCCCCCGUGCGCCCCACCAACCUGAGUUAUCGUAGCAACGAUAGCUCGUGUCUUUGCUUCGCCGAGCUUUCCCAAGGCAGCUACCUCCCCAGCCCCCCCGAGGCCACCAGCGACGAGGAGGAGACGGAGGAAGUUCAGGAUGACGAUGAUGAGGAGGAACUGAGACGGCUCUCUAAGAUACCCAGUCAGAUAGACCUGCGCCUCAUCGACAAGAUCUGCGCCCGGUCUAACAAAACUGCUUCUAACAACAAGUUAGACAUCCCCAGAGUCAUCCCCAACCUCACCUCCUGUGAAAAGAGGACUGUUUGUAGCUCCGCCCACAAAGGGGAGGAGCGUCUAUCAAUUCACUCUGGAGAUUCCGAGCCUUUCCUAACGCCGUCCCCUAACCCUCCUGCUCCUAUUGCUAGGGAAAGUGCUUCGGAGUCAGAUGAUGAGUUCUUCGAUGCCCAGGAGCGGUUCACUCCUCCAGUUCCUUCUGAUGGUACAGAAAACAGUUUGGAUGCGGCUGACAAUAAGAGGCACAGUAAACGCUGGAGUGGUACAGGGAACGGACUGCCAGUGGUACCAGAGAGGGAGCCUCCCUCACCCCUCAAAAAGAAGCACUCCUCCCCUGACCACAAGAAACAGCAGGAGACCCAACGAGACCCAAAGCCCCACUCAAACCAGGCUUCCACUCAGAGGGUUGAUGCCAAGACCAAGCCUCCACCAUUGGCCCCCAAGCCCCAGCUACCCAUAAAACCUGAACUGGCCCCCAAGCCCCAGAUGGGCCCCCAGAGGUCUCCCCAGCGCGGCGGUCCAUACUCCCACUGUAACGGAGAUGCUGGUGGAGGCCAUGCGGGCCUGCUGGAGGUAGACACCAUGGAACCAGACACCAUGGAGUUUAAAUCAGUCACCUCGGGAGCGGGGGGGCUUCCGCUCGCCUCCCCCCUCAUCACGGCGGUACGGAAGAGCCAGCAACCUCCUGCUGGUCCACAGGGUGUGGAGAACGGGCCUAAGAUAGAGAACAGUUCGAAGCAAGAGAACGGUUCUAAGAACGGGACUCCCCACGUGCUUCCUAAGGACCGUGUUCCGGUCACUGCUGACAACAGGCGAGCUGAUGUUGAAACUAAAACAAACAGGGUUUCCCUGCUGAAGGGACAGGUCAGAACGGGGGUUGGGGUGGACCCCCCAAAAAAGCUGCCAAGUUUGUCCCCCAUUCCACAUUCUGCUUCAGGAGAUGAGAUCAGGUUGAGCCUGGCCACCCCUCCACCACUCUCUCCCAAACCCUCCCCUCCUUCUCUCCAUCCCCUAUCAGUCCUCCCCAUCCCGGUCUCACCAAAUAAGAAAGAGGGGAUGUGUCUGCCGAACGGUCUCCACCCCUGGGUUAGUUGCAACGGUAGCAAUCAGACCGGGAGGAGGGUCUCUCUGAGUCAAGAGAACAUGUCGCCCAAAAAUACAGACGCCCCCCUCAGCCUGACCACCUCCCUCACCACCUCCUCUAAAGGGACAGCGGGAGACCCAGAGAGCACAGGAAAGUCAGGGUCAGGUUCAGACCUGAGGGUCAGCUCAUCCAGCCUGGGGGGACGUCUGCCUACCUCAGCCCUGAGAGGGAGGAUCCAGGCCCUGCCCUGGUACAUGACCCGCUCCCAGGAGAUCCUGGGCACCCUGGACCACUCUUCCACCAGCUCCAUCAACGGGGAUGUCACGUCCGGCUACGGCUCCGGUCUGUCAGUCAGUGGAGCCUCUGAGGUGAGCAAGGUCACUGCCCAGGCAACAGUUGGUGAGACUGCAGGGGGAAAAGGGAAGAAGGAAGUGGUGGAGGAUGGAGCCGAGGUUGUCAUAGCAACCAUCAAAGAGUUCCAGGAAGUGACUCCACGUGCGAAGGAGGCCAACGGGACGAGCGGGUCGAACCCCAACCUGACCCUGAGAGAAAACGGCGCACACGUCUUAGAACCCUACGGAUUCCUGGGGUCCUGCAAGUCGGAGCAGCCUCAGUCCAGGCCCCACUCAGAGGUGGGGUUAGGGGGCGGUUCAGGCCCGCCCCUAGAGGGGGACUCUCUGGAGCACACCUCUCCCCCGGCCCACCGUGAGGCGUGCGGCUGCCGCACAGUCUACGCCAACUGCUUCAGCGGUGACGUGGAGGACGGCUGUGGCUUCGACGAGGAGCUCACCAUCUACGAGUUCUCCAAGCGCACGCGCCCCAAACCAGCCCAUUCUACACCCCUGGCCUCCCCCACCUCCCCCAUCCCCUCCCCCAACAUCCUGUCCCUGCUGAGAGACACCCCUCGCCCCCUCUCCACCCUCUCCACCACCUCCUCAGAGCUCAGCCCACUCCUGUCCCGCCCUGUCUCCCCCACGCCCCCCAUCGGCUCCCUGCGUUCCCUCACCAACAAGCACUACGGGGGGCUGAAAGGGGGCUUCGUCUCCCUGAGACAAGACAUCAAUCAGCUCCUACUGGUCCUGGCUGGGCCACCACCAUCAUCAGAACCCUCCAAAACAGAUCAGGAUGAGGGUGGAGAAGGGGGACCCAACCCAACCCAAGGGGAGGGUCCAACCGCGUGCUGUGGAGGUGCAAGUCCUCCGCCCAUGACGGAGGCUGAGAGGAAUUUACUCCAGGCGGAGGCACGACGGUUGGCAACAGGGUGCCAACGUGCCACGCGUGUGGGCUGGGCUCCAGAGGAGGCGCUUCGUUCCUUAUCCAACACUUUCAGUGCCCUGGUGCAGCUCUCCGCAGCCUGCCUGAGAACACACCCCUGUCCUGGAUGUGACGCCUGCCGCAACGGGGGUCAGAUCCAGAGCACUGAUGAUGAUGGGGGCCAGGAGGAGGCUCUGGACAAGCUGAAGGAGAUCGUAGGGCUGUACAGGGAGUUUGUUGGGGCUGUGGAGACUGCUGGAGCCGGGGCCGGGUCUGGGUCCAGCGGUGGGACGGGGUCUGGGGAUGGACAGGGAGAGGGCGAGGGGGUGAGGCUUCUGGCCAAACGGUGCACGGUGCUCAUCUCUUCCGUCUUUGCGCUAACACAGCUGUUCAGGACGCACUCGCCGGACACGCCAGGUCACACACCUCUCAACUUUUGACCUCUGAACUUUUAGAACUCCUUCUCGCUACCAGGAUUAAGGUGAUACAGUACAGUACAUACACACUUGCACAGUAAGUGCCAUGCACACACACACACACGCACACGCACACUUCACACACACGCGCACACACACACACACACACACACACACACACACACAGACAUACCAAACACAUCCCUAAAUUAUGAAAAUAACCUCUUCCACUGACUGCCAUGACUGCUAGGUCUCCCGAUGGACUCAUCUGGACUAUGCAUUUGUACAUAGGUAUUUUAUAACUAACUAACUAUCUAUCUUCUUAUUGUAUACUGUAUGUAUGAAUUAUGUAUGUACGUAUUUAUGUAUGUAUUAAUUUCUAUGACUGUUUGCGCCAUGGUCCUUGCUGGUGUAAGACCUUAUUGAUGUUGUAGUUUCUUCUACCUCCCCCCACCUUCCGUUCCUCCUCUGGGCUGGUGUCUGCUUUAGCUGCUUUAAUGAUUCUUCAGAUCCAGUUAAAGGUGCAAUCUGUAACUUACAUUUUUCUAUUGGGAACUCUAGGAAAAAGUACAACGAGCAUAUUAUGCCAAAUAGUAAAACACAACACAAACUUUUACAUUCGUGAAGACCCACCCCUUCCGUUUACAAUCAAAUGCAAGGGGAGCACUAUUGACCGUAAAAUAAAUAAACAGAUUGCACCUUUAAGAAGAGAAAUGAACCAUGUGAAAGCUAUUUAUUUCUGUUCCUGACUGACUACCUGUGUGCGAAUGCUUGAAUGGAGAAAACACUCAAUAACCCAAACGCUUAUAUGCAGUAAUUAUACAGUAUAUCAACUUUGAAUCCAAAGGAUACAUAUAUUUUCCGGGGGUGCAUUGCGUGGGUGGGGGAAUAGUGGAAAGGAUAUUAAUUUGUUAUUUUGUAAAAAGGUUUUGACAAGGCACAAGGAAGGCUGACUGUUAAAACAUACUAGGUGUAGCAACGAUCCAAAGGCAUUUAACACUGAGACACAAUUUGUACUAUUUUACUACUUGCCCAUGUUUAGCUCUGCAGACGGGCGGACUGACUGAUUCGGUUUGUACCAGACCUGUAGAUAGAUAUACAUCUAUGUUUGUGUUAGUUUGAGUCUAUCUGUCCUUCCUUGGUUUAUGGCUAUGCAAACAUAACCACUACUUCCCUGUUCUCCCACAUAUCAUUCUCUGUUACAAUUGUGUUAACAUUAAAGACAAGAUUACCUGCAUAUGUUUUAUAGUCUUUGUUACUGGAAACACAGAGGGCUUCCGUGUAUUAUACUGGAGUGUCUGGACUAUGAUCACGGGUAUGUUCAGGAUUGCAAUGUUCUGCAACGUUGCACAUAAUCGGAUGCAACAUAUCGCAGCAGUGGCUUCUAACCUGCUGUGUUGUGAGUAAAAUGCAGAGCUGUUCUGUGACUUGGAAACUGUUCACAACUCACUGAUCCUGGACAGAGCCCUAGUCAAGAUUCUGUAAACAUAUUCAAUCUGAACUUUGACUAAAUAAAUGGGUGUUUUGCCUUUUGUUUGAUGAGA